CACCGAUUCUGACCAAUAAAAAAAACAGAAAACAAUGUCUAAACCGGUGAGCCCCGCCCCCUUUGUUCCUCAACAUGGCAGUGUCCCGAUUACCACCGGCAGCUCUGAGUCUCAAACAGUUUUUGCAGAGGCAGAAGGUUCUGGGUGUUUACAGAGAUCUGCUCCGAACCAUCCGCAAAAUACCGAACGAGUCUGAUCGCAGUUAUUUAAGAGGGUGGGCCAGAGAAGAGUUCAAGAGGAACAAGAGCGAAACAGACCAGGAUGUGAUUCGCAUGAUGAUCACUCAAGCAAACAAUCAUCUGGAGGAUUUGAGAAGAUCUCUCGCGUUGGCUGGAUGCUAGAACACCACAGACUGCCAAUUCUGAGUUUAUUUGGAAAUGGAACUGAGAUGUUCACAUUUAUUAAAAGGAUAGUUCAGACAGAAAUGAUAACUCUGUCAUCAGUUAUUCACUCUCAUGUCGUUUCAAACUCAUGAGACUUUCAUUCAUCGUAAUACAAGUGAUGUUUGUAAUCUUGUGUCUCUCCAUUAAAAGUCCACACACCCGAAACUUUCAUGCUUUAAAAAGUACAAAACAACUUCUAUCCAAGGCUCCUGAGGAGGCACAAUUCAUAUGAGAACAGUUUUAAUUUAGACUUAUUUUUUCCACAUAAACAUUGAUCAAC